GGGCGCUUGAUGCCGAACCGUUUCCUGCCUGUCUGUCGGUCCAUCCGAGCAGCAGCAGGGCGGCUCCGGCAGAGGAAGCCCAGCAGAGGUUCCCGGACCAGAGCUGGACCCACCCGGACCCGAACCCGAACCAGAGCUGGACCCACCCGGACCCGGACAUGGCGAAGACCUACGACUACCUGUUCAAGCUGCUGCUGAUCGGAGACAGCGGGGUGGGCAAGACGUGUCUGCUGUUCCGCUUCAGCGAGGACGCCUUCAACACCACCUUCAUCUCCACCAUCGGAAUCGACUUUAAAAUCCGGACGGUGGAGCUGGACGGAAAGAAGAUCAAACUCCAGAUCUGGGACACGGCGGGUCAGGAGCGCUUCAGAACCAUCACAACAGCCUAUUACCGAGGCGCCAUGGGCAUCAUGCUGGUUUACGACAUCACCAACGAGAAGUCCUUCGACAACAUCCGGAACUGGAUACGCAACAUUGAGGAGCACGCGUCGGCAGACGUGGAGCGGAUGAUCCUGGGAAACAAGUGUGACAUGAACGACAAGAGACAAGUUUCCAAAGAGAGGGGAGAGAAGCUCGCCAUCGACUACGGGAUCAAGUUCCUGGAAACCAGCGCCAAGUCCAGCCUCAACGUUGAGGAGGGCUUCCUCACACUCGCCAGAGACAUCAUGAGCCGACUGAACAGAAAGAUGAACGACAGCGGUCCUGCAGGUGGAGGGGGGCAGGUCAAGAUCUCAGAGCCUCGCUCCAAGAAGAGCCUGUUCAGGUGUACGCUGCUGUAGGCGGACCCUCCUGCAGCCGACCAAUCACCUGUGGACGCACGCAGAAGCUUGCUGUGGCUCCUCCCCCUCCUCCUGGUCUGAUCAGCUGGGUGAUGAUGGCGGCUGCCUUGUGAGCAGAAGCAGUGAAAACAGAUGUCCACACUUUAAUUGGGUUGGGUGGAAGUGGGAGGGGCCUCUGCAGGAUGGAGGCGGGGCUUGCAGGUGAGCCAGCAGGAGCUGCACCUGUCUAGGUGUAGCCGGACCUGAAGGCAGAUUCUGAUGGUCGUCUGAGCGCGCUCAGUUUGACGUGGAGGUCUGGAGGUUCUCCUUUAAAUGAUGAGAUCUCUGUCAUGGUGAAAAGUUAAAUAUUCAGUUAAGAAAUGCUCCUAAAUUCAUCUUUAAUCUUUUUUUAUUCAUCUGGAUAUGAAAGUUAAUCUAAAUAAAAACCAAAACUAAACUGAUAAAGUUAGG